CACCUGUGUCGGCGCUGUUGAGGGGGAAACUGAUCGUGACAGGCUAGCAGCAGAGGACUGUAAACAUGGCGGCGUGCACAGCUACAGGGCUGUGCAGAACACCCCGUUACUAUUAGUCUGAGAGACGGAGACACCCCGAACAUGGAGACCGAGGAGGAGCAGCACAUCACCACGCUCCUCUGCAUGGGUUUCCCGGACCCAGACGAGAUCCGGAAAGCGCUCCGGCUGGCGAAGAACGACAUCAACGAGGCUGUGGCGCUGCUGACCAACGAAAGCCCCGGUCUCGGGUAUGGAUACGAGCCGAUGGAGAGUGGGCCUGCUCCCGGCUUGGGCUCGAGUGGAGACGGGGAAAACAGCGGGCGGACUGGGACUGGAGGGUUCGAUCCCCCGCCUGCAUAUCACGAUGUCGUGGACAGUGAGAGGAGCAAUGAUGAGAAUGGGAACUGCUCGGGGGGCAGCAUGGAGUUUCCCACCACCAACCUGUACGAGCUGGAGAGUCGGGUCUUUACCGAUCACUGGUCCAUCCCUUACAAGAGAGAGGAGUCUCUGGGAAAGUGUCUCAUCGCCUCCACCUGCCUCGCUCGACAUGGUCUUGCUGACGCUGAUGAGAACUGUAAGCGGUUCAUAGAUCGCUGCAUGCCCGAGGCCUUUAAAAAGUUGCUGACCAGCAGCGCCGUGCACAAGUGGGGCACAGAGAUUCACGAGGGGAUCUACAACAUGCUGAUGUUACUGGUGGAGCUGGUGGCAGAGAGGGUGAAGCAGGACCCCGUCCCCGUGAACCUGAUGGGGGUCCUCACUAUGGCCUUCAACCCUGACAACGAGUACCACUUUAAGAACCGGAUGAAGGCCUGUCAGAGGAACUGGGCUGAAGUUUUUGGAGACGAGGCCAACAUGUUUGCUGUCUCGCCGAGCAACACGUAUCAAAAAGAGCCUCAUGGUUGGCUGGUUGAUUUGGUGAAUCGAUUUGGAGAGUUGGGAGGAUUCACCGCCAUCCAGACGAAGCUCAACGCAGAUGAAAUCGAGAUAGCUAGUGUGUCAGCUCUGGUCCAGCCUCUUGGAGUUGGUGCAGAAUACCUGAACUCCAGCCUCGUCCAGCCCAUGCUUGAUCCAGUCAUUCAUAAGAUGAUCACGUAUGUGCAGAACCUGGAGGAGAAGGACCUCAAAGAUAAGCGUCUGGUGAGCAUCCCAGACCUGCUGUCAGCCAUCAAGCUGCUGUGUAUGCGAUUCCAAAGGGAGCUGGUGACCGUGGUGGACGACCUGCGGCUCGACACGCUGCUGCGCAUGCUCAAAACCCCCCACUUCUCCACCAAGAUGAACUCCCUCAAAGAGGUGACAAAGUUAAUAGAGGAGAGCACGGUGUCGAAAACGGUGAAAAACGCCAUCGACACGGAUAAACUUCUGGACUGGUUGGUAGAGAACUCAGUCCUGUCAAUAGCACUGGAAGGAAACAUUGACCAGGCUCAGUACUGUGAGAGGAUAAAGGGAAUCAUUGAGCUGCUGGGGAGCAAACUGUCGCUGGACGAACUCUCCAAGAUCUGGAGGAUACAGGCGGGCCAAUCAUCAACUGUGAUAGAAAACAUUCAUACAAUCAUCGCCGCUGCUGCUGUGAAGUUCAGCUUUGAUCAACUCACCCACCUCUUCGUCCUCAUCCAGAAGAGCUGGGAGAUAGAGAGCGACCGUGUGAGGCAGAAGCUGCUCAGUCUGAUCGGGAGAAUCGGCAGAGAGGCUCGCUCUGAAACCACCACGGGGAAGGUGCUAGAGGUGCUGUGGGAGCUGGCUCACCUCCCCACCCUGCCCACUAGUCUGGUUCAGCAAGCGCUGGAGGAGCACCUGGGGAUCCUGAGCGACGCCUACGCUGUCAAGGAGACGGUGAAGCGCAGUUACAUCAUUAAAUGUAUCGAAGACAUUAAGAAGACUCACACUCAGGAGGACAGUAAAGGCAACGACAGUCAGAGCUCUUUUCUAACCGGCACAUGGGGCAAGAAGAAAGCUAAUUCAGUGGUCAAAGCCUCUCAGCCCAGCAGUCCUCAGGCGGUCUGGGUCGUUCCAGCUCUCCGUCAGCUGCACGAGAUCACCCGUUCUUUUAUCAAGCAGACAUAUCAGAAACAGGACAAGAGCAUCAUCCAAGAUUUGAAGAAGAACUUUGAGAUCGUCAAACUGAUCACAGGGUCUCUGGUGUGCUGCCAUCGACUGGCUGUGACGGCGUCGGGCAAUAACGGCCUCUCAGGAUCAACAAUGGUGGACGGACGAUACACCUACCAGGAGUACCUGGACAGCCACCUGCGCUUCCUGGCCUUCUUCCUGCAGGAGGCCAGCCUCUACCUGGUGUGGAACAGGGCCAAAGAGCUUUGGGAGUGUCUGGUGUCGGGACCUGACGUCUGUGAACUGGACCGUGAGAUGUGUUUUGAGUGGUUCACCAAAGGACAACACGACCUGGAGAGCGACGUUCAGCAGCAGCUCUUCAAAGAGAAGAUCCUCAAACUGGAGCCGUAUGAGAUCACCAUGAACGGUUUCAAUCUGUUCAAGACGUUCUUCGAGAACGUUAAUCUGUGUGACCAUCGCCUCAAACGCCAGGGAACUCAGCUGUGUGUGGAACGCCUUGACCUGGCAGGGAUGGAUUUUAUCUGGCGCAUCGCCAUGGAAACCCCGGAUGAAGAAAUAGCCAAUGAAGCAAUUCAACUAAUUAUAACAUACAGCUACACCAACCUCAAUCCCAAAAUGAAGAAGGAUUCUGUGUCUUUGCACAAGAAGUUCAUUGCUGAUUGUUACAAGCGACUGGAGGCUGCCAGCUCGGCGCUGGGCGGGCCCACUUUAACACAUGCUGUUACUAGGGCAACGAAGAUGCUGACGGCCACUGCCAUGCCGACUGUGGCCACAUCUGUACAAUCACCAUCCAGGUACAGAGGGGGGUUUGGAUCCACUAAGCUGGUGAUAAUCGAAAGAUUGCUGCUACUGGCUGAACGCUACGUAAUCACAAUAGAGGACAUGUACUCAGUUCCUCGCACCAUUCUACCUCACGGGGCCUCGUACAACGGACACCCUGUCACUCUUCACAUCACUUAUGAGUCAACCAAAGACACUUUCACCUUAGAGACACACAGUAAUGAGACGAUAGGGAGUAUCCGGUGGAAGAUUGCUGAGCACUUGAGCUGUCCGGUGGAUAAUGUUCAGAUCUUUGCCAAUGACAGCGUGCUGACGAUGAACCGGGACCAGAAGCUUCUAUCCCAGCUCGGUUUCAAUGACGAGCAGAGUCUGACUGUAAAGAGCUCUGGCACCGGCACUCCCUCCGGCAGCUCUGAGUCCUCGGCAUCGGCGUCCAGCAGUUCCAGCUCGGCCGUCUUUAACUCCGCUUACGCCUUGGAGCAGGAGAAAUCUCUUCCCGGUGUGGUGAUGGCGUUGGUGUGUAAUGUGUUUGAGAUGCUUUAUCAACUGGCUAACCUCGAUGAAUCCAGGAUCACUCUCCGUGUGAGGAAGCUGCUGCUCCUGAUUCCAACAGAUCCUGAAGUGCAGGAUGCUCUCGACAACUUUGUUCCCAAAGAAUCCAGCGUCUGGAGCCACCAGAAAACACUGUUCACCCUCGGUCAGGGUUCAGGCUCUCGUUCCCCCUCUAUGUCCUCCAAACAACAGCACCAGCCGAGUGCUGCUUCCAUCCUGGAGUCCCUCUUCAGGUCUUCAGCACCGGGCAUGUCCACCUUCAGAGUGCUCUACAACCUGGAGGUGUUGAGUUCAAAGCUGAUGCCCACUUCAGAUGAUGAGAUGGCCAAAACCAGCAGCAAGUCCUUCUGUGAGAACUUCCUCAAAGCAGGAGGCCUCAGCCUGGUGGUGAAUGUGAUGCAGAGAGACUCAAUCCCGUCAGAGGUCGACUAUGAGACCAGACAAGGAGUCUACUCGAUCUGCCUUCAGCUGGCCAGGUUUCUUCUGGUCGGUCAGAGCAUGCCCGCAGUGCUAGAUGAUGAUGUCAUCAGGGACGGAGAGGCGCUGUCGUCUCGCCCGUUUCGUAACGCCGGACGCUCUGGGCGUCAGCUGUCUCUCUGCGGGACUCCGGAGAAGUCUUCGUACAGACAGAUGUCGCUGUCUGAGCGCUCGUCCAUCAGAGUGGAGGAGAUCAUUCCUGCUGCUCGAGUCGCUAUUCAGACCAUGGAGGUGGGCGACUUUACCUCCACUGUGGCCUGUUUCAUGCGGCUGACCUGGGCGGCUGCGGCUGGCCGGUUGGAUCUGGUCGGAAGCCCUCAGCCAAUCAGGGAGACCCAUGGCUCUCUACUACCGCAAGGCAUUCGCACCAGAGUCAGCAGCACAGGAAGUAACUGCAGCUCCAGCAGUGAGGGUGAUACCACACCCACAGCGCUGCAUGCUGGGAUAUGUGUCCGACAGCAGAGUGUUUCUAUCAAAGAUACCAUCAUUGCCCGCGAAGCUCUGUCGCUGCUGGUGACCUGCCUGCAGCUCCGCUGUCAGCAGCUGUGUUCUUUUUACAACCUCCCCUCCGUCAAUGAUUUCAUCAUCGAUGUUCUGCUGGGAUCUCCGAGCGGAGAGAUCCGCCGAGUGGCCUGUGAUCAGCUCUACACUCUGAGCCAGUCUGACACCUCAGCCUUCCCCGAAAUCCAGAAACCGAACCUGUUCCUCCUCUCGGUCGUUCUUACCGCUCAGCUGCCAUUAUGGAGUCCCACAUCCAUCAUGAGAGGAGUCAACCAAAGGCUGCUGUCCCAAUGCACCGAGUACUUCGACUUAAGAUGUCAGCUUCUUGAUGAUCUCACCACGUCAGAGAUGGAGGUGGUCAAAGUAAGUGCAGCCACAAUGCUGGAGGACGAGAUCUCCUGGCUCGAUAACUUUGAGCCCAGCUGGAGCUCAGAGAUGGAGACGAGCGAGGCGGACAACGUCCUCCUGGCGGGACACCUCCGACUCAUCAAGACGCUGCUCUCACUGUGUGGAAAUGAGAAGGAACAUCUAGGUCCGUCUCUGAUCCAGCAGCUGUUGGAUGACUUCCUGUUUCGAGCCUCUCGGAUCAUCAUCAACAGUUCAAACCCGACACCCUCCCCGACCCCGAGCCAUGACUUCCACCCAAAGUGCAGCACAGCCAGCAGCCGUCUGGCAGCCUACGAGGUUCUGGUGAUGCUGGCCGACAGCUCGCUGUCAAACCUGCGACUGAUCAUUAAAGAGCUCAUGUCCAUGCACCACCAGUCUGACCCCUCCCUCUGCAAAGAGUUUGAUUAUCUCCCUCCUGUAGAGAGCCGAUCAGUCUCGGGUUUCGUCGGGUUGAAAAACGGUGGAGCCACGUGUUACAUGAACGCUGUGUUCCAGCAGCUCUACAUGCAGCCUGGACUACCAGAGGCUUUCCUGUCCAUCGAGGACGACACAGAUCAGCCUGAGGAGAGCGUCUUCUACCAGGUGCAGUCUCUGUUUGGUCACCUGAUGGAGAGCAAACUGCAGUACUACAUCCCAGAGAACUUCUGGAAGAUCUUUAAGAUGUGGAACAAAGAGCUGUACGUGAGAGAGCAGCAGGAUGCUUAUGAGUUCUUCACCAGCCUGGUGGAUCAGCUGGACGAACACCUGAAGAAAAUGGGUCGAGAGCAGAUCUUCAAAAACACAUUUCAGGGAAUCUUCUCCGACCAGAAGAUUUGUAAAGACUGUCCUCACCGGUACGAGCGAGAGGAAACCUUCAUGGCUCUGAACCUUGGGGUGACAUCCUGUCAAAGUUUAGAGAUCUCUUUGGACCAGUUUGUGAGAGGAGAGGUGCUGGAGGGCAGCAACGCGUACUACUGUGAGAAAUGCAAAGACAAGAGAACCACAGUGAAGAGGACGUGCAUCAAAUCUCUGCCCAGUGUUCUCUGCAUUCACCUCAUGCGCUUCGGCUUCGACUGGGAGAGCGGACGAUCCAUCAAAUACGACGAACAGAUCCGGUUCCCGUGGGUGCUGAACAUGGAGCCGUACACUGUGUCGGGGAUGGCUCGUCAGGACUGCAGCGGGGAGGGCGGCGAGGGGCGAGGAGACGGCACCUCGGGGGGAUCACCUAGGAAGAAAGUCACCAUUUCUGAGAACUAUGAACUGGUGGGAGUUGUAGUCCACAGCGGUCAGGCUCAUGCUGGACACUAUUACUCCUUCAUCAAAGACAGACGUGGCAGCGCUCGCGGACGUUGGUACAAGUUCAACGACAACGUGGUCGAGGAGUUUGACAUGAACGAUGAAUCUCUGGAGUACGAGUGCUUCGGGGGAGAGUACCGACCCAAAGUUUAUGACCAGUCCAACCCGUACCCUGACGUGAGGCGGAGGUACUGGAACGCCUACAUGUUGUUCUAUCAGAAGAUCAGUGACCUGAACUCGCCUGUCCUCCCAAAGAAGAGUAGAGUGAGCAUCAUGAGGCAAGAGGCCGAGGACCUGACGCUGUCUGCUCCGUCCUCUCCUGAUAUCUCCCCUCAGUCCUCUCCUCGCCCCCCCAGGGCCAACAACGACCGCCUCACCCUCCUCACCCGUCUGGUGCGUAAGGGAGAGAAGAAGGGUCUGUUUGUGGAGAAGAUGCCCGCCAGCAUCUAUCAGAUGGUGAGAGACGAGAAUCUCAAGUUCAUGAGGAACAGAGACGUCUACAACAGUGACUACUUCAACUUCAGCCUCUCACUGGCCUCUGUCAACGCCACGAAGCUGAAGCAUCCCGACUACCAGCAGAUGGCCAAAGAGAGUCUGCAGCUGGCUGUUCACUUCCUGUUUCACACCUACCUGCACACCAAAAAGAAACUCCGGGUGGACACAGAGGAGUGGAUGGCCACAGUGGAGGUGUUGUUGACAAAGAGCAGUGAGGCGUGUCAGUGGAUGGUUCAGUACCUGGUCGGAUCCGAGGGACGAGAGAUCACCAGGGUCUGUCUGCUGGAGUGCAGCGUGAGGGAGGUGAGGGUGGUGGUGGCAGCCAUCCUUGAGAAGACUCUGGAAAGCGCUCUUCACUUUGGAGACCCGGGAUUGGACAAUCUGAUGGACGCCCUGCUCUCCUUGUUGGACAAAGACGUUCCUGAGAAUGUGAAGAACUGUGGGCAGUACUUCGGCCUCUUCAGUAACUUCGCUCAGAGGGGUUGUGGUCCUUGUCAGCUGCUGUUGAAACACUCGGCUUAUCGUCGGAUGCUCAUGUUCCUGUUGGGACCAAACAGACAAAACAACCAGAAUCGUCGCUGGAGUCCCGCUCAGGCUCGGGAGUUCCUCCACCUCCACAGCACCCUCGCCCUCAUCACGCUGCACUGUGACCUCGACCCCCAGCGGACGCAGGCUCCAGAAGGGUUUACUCUGAGAGUGAGCUGCGUCCCGUCCUCCACCCCGCUCCUCCCGCUCCACUCUGACAUCCUGGCCUCCCUCUUUACUCCAGAGGGGCAGCCUUACCUCCUGGAGGUGAUGUUUGCGAUGCGGGAGCUGUCAGGUCCUCUGUCUCUGCUGAUCGAAAUGGUGACCUACAUCUCCUUCUGUAACGAGCCCUUCUCCCUCGGUGUGCUGCAGCUGCUCAAGACUCAGCUGGAGACGGCCCCCCCUCAUGAACUGAAGAACGUUUUCCAGAUGCUGCAGGAGCUGCUGGUCAUGGAGGAUCCUCUGCAGGCCCAGAGACUCAAGUAUGCCUUUGAGUCAGAGAAAGGCCUUUUAGCUUUGAUGCAUCAGAGCAACAACUUGGACAGCCGGCGGUGCUACCAGUGUGUCAAGUUUCUGGUUACUCUAGCUCAGAAGUGUGCUCCAGCCAAGGAUUACUUUAAAGACCUGUCUGGCCACUGGAGCUGGGCGGUGCAGUGGCUCCAGAAAAAGAUGACAGAACAUUACUGGACUCCUCAGAGCAACGUCUCCAACGAGACCUCCACCAAUAAAACCUUCCAGAGGACUAUCUCUGCACAGGAUACGUUGGCGUAUGCCACGGCGUUGUUGAAUGAAAAGGAACAGUCGGGCAGCAGUAACGGUUCAGACGGCAGCCCGGCCAACGAUAACGCAGACCGCAGCCUACGACAGGGCUCGGAGUCUCCCAUGAUGCUCGGUGACUCAAAGAGCGAUCUGGAAGACGUGGACCCGUAGCUCCUCCACUCAGCAGGAUCCCUCCGCAGGAGAGGCGGCUCUGCUCCGGGCAGCCGACCCAAAGGGCUGCACUUUGCCUCUGAUUGGUCGUGACAUUUGGGACUCCACAGCAAGCCAAUCAGAACUCUCAUUCUCUGGGUCGCCGCGGCAGAGAAGGAGCUUCGAAUAAAUAAUGAAUUACUUCGUUUCAGAGCAGCCGAGGCGAUAAUGGAGGAUCAUUCUCAUUAAAGGGCAGCAGAGAGGAAUGGUGGAGGGACGAGCAGAAACCCUCCUUCAUUCGUUCAGUCAGAAUGACGGCGAGCGGGACGACGGCUUCGGGUUGUGUUUUAACAAUUUUCUGCUCAUUUUUGCCAACGUAUCGACACAGACAUAUUCAUAUUGUAAAGAUUUGUUCCAUAGGUGUAAUUUCCAGUGUAAGAUAAUAUUUUAAAGUUCUUCUCUUACUCACAGCCGUGCAAAUAAUGAGAGGUCACGUUAGCUGCUCUGGAGGAACUCACACACACACACACACACACACACACACAUACAGACACGUACAGACACACAUGUGCACCUGUACAGGAACACCUCCACACACAAGCACUUGGGAGGGGGCGGGGUUUAGUAUGCACUUUAUAGUCCAGCCCGGUCCAGUGUGACACACAACAGUUCCUCUAGAGCCUCCACGCGAUCCUGUCUACUUCUUCUUCUGUUGCUUUUAACAACUUAUGAUUUCAGUGCCACUUAUACAGACGCUGUUACCUCACUGUAGCCAUGGUAACGCAGCACAGGGCCAUACCUGUCCUACAAACAGAAACAGCAGAUCUGAAACAAACAGUGCCAUCGUCAGUGCUCUUCCUCCUUCUUCUUUUUGUGCUUUUUCUUCUCACUGGGUUUUAUUUCUUUCUUCUUUCUUCAUCGCCUUUUUUUAUGAUUUCUUUUUUUGGACUCUGGAUGGAUUGACUCUGACUGGAGUAAGUUUCACGCCUUAUGCAAGAAAAGCUGAUCUGAACGCGCACAGAUUAGCCACGGUGGGCCGUCAGUGCCGACUGAGGGGGAGCUCAGGAGCAUGUUUUAUUUUUAGGUGCCAAGGUUUCACAAAAACAUACACAAAAACACUACGAUAGAGCGUGUGUUAAAAUCGUGCAAAUGUGUGUCACUUUUUCACAAAGAGCAAGUCGUCCUCGCCUCACUGUUACCUCCGCUUUAUCAGGUUUGAUUUCCGUUUGCCUUUUUUUUUUUUGCUUUCGUCUCCUUUCUGAAACACACACAGGGGGAGCUCCACCCAAAUGUAGCUCUAGUUUCAUACCAGAACAGCGUGCAUCCAUCGUCCCGAACACCCGCAAAAAAACACACACCUUCCUCCACCAAUCAACGGGAGACUUGAAGUGCCUUAACCUCCUGUUCCCUGCCGCGCUGCAGGAGAGCGACAGGGCUUCUUCACCCCUAUCAGACCCAGAAAAAAACAGGGAAAAUGUCCUCUGUGUGAUGUGAAAAAAGGCGUGCAGGAAUGUAACUGUUGGUUGUUGACUUUGUGAACGGGGGAGGAAGGCUGAGGGUGGGUGUAGGUGACAGGACGGGGUUUUGGUGAUGGUAAUAUGCUGCUUCUUUUCACUCUGCUCGAUCCUGCAGAGACACUUUGUAGAUUAAUAUUAGGUAAGCCACACCCUGCAGACAGGAGCCUCAGUUAGCUUCGCAUAUUAGCUCUCAGCUAAUUUAAUAAUGAAUAGGUAAACGUUUAAAGUGUGAGGACCUAAAGAAGCAAUCAUACUAAAUGAUUUCUGUUGGGACAGAGGCUGGUCGGCAUCAUCCCAGCCUGAGACGAGGGAGGACUCCCAAACUUUUCAAAGGUUUCACAUCCUCUGUCACAUUUUUACACCGAAUUUGCCGCAAGAGAAAGAACCAGAGCACUGCCUGAAUUGUACAAAAACAUUUUGUAAUGUUUGUAAAAGUGGGUAGAUCUGGAGAAGAGCUAGAGAAAACACCCAUUUUAACAAAAAUCACCAAUGUUUGGCAAUUUAGACAGUGUGAAGGAGUUUGUCUGCAAUAUUUGAUCAUUAAAAACAAGAAAUUGCCUGAUA